AUGGGGUCAAAAAGAAGUGUGUCUUCAAGGCAUCAGUCUCUCAGCUCUUAUGAAAUCCUGUUUGCUGCUCUUUUUGCCAUCUUGGUAGUGUUCUGUGCUGGAUUAAUUGCAGUGUCCUGGCUGGCAAUCGAAAGGUCAGAAAGUGACCCAGUAUCUGGAAAAAGUCAUGAAGUCAGAGGAACAUUUAAAAUAACAUCUGGAGCUACAUAUAAUCCUAAUUUGGAAGACAAACUCUCGGUGGAUUUCAAAGUUCUUGCUUUCGACCUUCAGCAAAUGUUAGAUGAAAUAUUUCAAUCAAGUAACCUGAAGAAUGAAUACAGAAACUCAAGAGUUUUAAGAUUUCAAAAUGGCAGCAUUAUAGUCAUAUUUGACCUUUAUUUUGCCCAGUGGGUGUCAGAUGAAAAUGUAAAAGAAGAACUGAUUCAAGGCAUUGAAGCAAAUAAAUCCAGCCAACUGGUCACUUUCCAUAUUGAUUUGAACAGCAUUGAUAUCACAGGAAAUGUUUCAAUAAACUGCCUGCCUGGUUCAAGAUCUUGCUCUGAUGCCCUAACAUGUAUAGCAAUUGAUUUAUUUUGUGAUGGUGAAGUAAAUUGUCCAGAUGGCUCAGAUGAAGACAGUGGAAUUUGUGCUACUGCUUGUGAUGGAAGAUUUUUGUUGACUGAACCUUCUGGGUCUUUCCAGGCUACCCAUUAUCCAAAUCCUUCAAAAUCAAGCACUGUUUGCCAGUGGAUCAUAAGUGUAAACCAAGGACUUUCAAUUAAACUGAGCUUCGAUUCUUUUAAUACAUUUUAUACAGAUGUAUUAAGUAUUUAUGAAGGUGUAGGAUCAAGCAAGAUUUUAAGAGCUUCUUUUUGGGAGACUAAUCCUGGUACAAUCAGGAUUUUUUCCAACCAAGUUACUGCCACGUUUCUCAUAGAAUCUGAUGAAAACGAUUAUAUUGGCUUUAGUGCAACAUAUACCACAUUUAACAGCAGUGUGCUUAAUGAUUUUGAGAAAAUUAACUGUACUUUUGAGGAUGGCUUUUGUUUCUGGGUUCAAGACCUAAAUGAUGAUAAUGAAUGGGAAAGGGUCCAGGGAAACACCUUUCCUCCUUUUACUGGACCAAACUUUGACCACACUUUUGGCAAUAUUUCAGGCUUUUACAUUUCUACUCCAACUGGACCAGGAGGGAGACAAGAAAGAGUAGGACUUUUAAGCCUUCCUUUGAAUCCUACUUUGGAACCAGUCUGCCUUAGUUUUUGGUAUUAUAUGUAUGGUGAAAAUGUCUAUAAAUUAAGCAUUAAUAUCAGCAGUGACCAAAACGUGGAGAAGACAGUUUUCCAAAAAGAAGGAAACUAUGGAGAAAAUUGGAAUUAUGGACAAGUGACAUUAAAUGAAACAGUGACAUUUAAGGUUUCUAUUAAUGCUUUUAAAAAUAAGUUGCUGAGUGAUAUAGCAUUGGAUGACAUUAGCCUAACACAUGGCAUUUGUAAUGAGAGUCUUUAUCCAGAACCGACUUUGGUCCCAACAUCUCCACCAGAACUUCCUACGGACUGUGGAGGACCUUUUGAACUAUGGGAACCAAAUACAACAUUCAGUUCUAUGAACUUUCCAAACAACUACCCUAAUCAGGCAUUUUGUGUUUGGAAUUUAAAUGCACAAAAGGGAAAAAAUAUACAACUUCAUUUUCAAGAAUUCAACUUAGAAAAUAUUGAAGAUGUAGUUGAAAUCCGAGACAGUGGAGGAGAUGAUUCCUUACUCUUAGCUGUGUAUACUGGAUCUGACCCAGUAAAGGAUGUGUUCUCUACCACGAAUAGAAUGACUGUGCUUUUCAUCACCAAUGAAAUGUUGACCAAAAGAGGGUUUAAAGCAAACUUUACUACUGGUUAUAACUUGGGCUUCACAGAGCCCUGCAAGGAAGACGAAUUUCAGUGUGAAAAUGGGGAAUGUGUUCCUCUGGUGAAUCUCUGUGACAGUCACCCACACUGUAAGGAUGGCUCAGAUGAAACACAUUGUGUGCGUCUUUUUAAUGGCACAAAGAACAGCGGUUUGGUGCAGUUCAGAAUCCAGAGCAUAUGGCAUGUAGCUUGUGCAGAGAACUGGACCACCCAGAUUUCAAAUGAUGUUUGUCAACUGCUGGGACUAGGAAGUGGAAACUCAUCAAUGCCAGUAUCCUCUACUGGAGGAGAACCAUUCGUAAAUGUAAAGACAGCAAUUAAUGGCAGCUUAAUACUGACACCCAGUGAACAGUGUUUCCAGGACUCCCUGAUUCAGUUACAAUGCAAUCAUAGAUCAUGUGGAAAAAAACUAAUGGCUCAAGAAAUCAGCCCAAAGAUUGUCGGAGGAAGUGAUGCCAAAGCAGGUUCCUGGCCCUGGCUUGCUGCUCUGUACUAUGAUGGCCGGCUGCUGUGUGGUGCGUCUCUAGUCAGCAGUGACUGGCUGGUGUCAGCUGCACACUGUGUGUAUGGGAGAAAUUUAGAGCCAUCUAAGUGGACAGCAAUCCUUGGUCUGCAUAUGAAAUCAAACUUGACUUCUCCUCAAAUAGUGUCUCGGCUGAUAGAUCAAGUUGUCAUAAACCAAUAUUACGAUAAACGAAGAAAAGACAAUGACAUUGCCAUGAUGCAUCUUGAAUUUAAAGUGGAUUUCACAGAUUAUAUACAACCUAUUUGUUUACCAGAAGAAAAUCAAGUUCUUCCUCCAGGAAGGAAAUGCUCUAUUGCUGGCUGGGGAAGGGUUGUAUAUCAAGGUCCUACCGCAGAUGUAUUGCAAGAAGCUGAAGUUCCUCUUCUAUCAAAUGAGAAAUGCCAACAACAGAUGCCAGAAUACAACAUUACCGAAAAUAUGGUAUGUGCAGGCUAUGAAGAAGGAGGAAUAGAUUCUUGCCAGGGGGAUUCAGGAGGACCACUAAUGUGCCAAGAAAACAACAGGUGGUUUCUUGCUGGUGUGACCUCAUUUGGAAUCCAGUGUGCCUUGCCUAAUCGCCCAGGGGUGUAUGCCCGAGUCUCCAGAUUCACAGAAUGGAUUCAAAGUUUUCUACAUUAGAGCAUUUUUUAAACCAAAUAUGAAAGCUGGGAAGUAUUCCCAUUCCACUUUAGAAG